UAGAGUGGCUCGCUUUUUGGCUGACCCGAAGCCGUCCUUUCUAGUUACGACCAUUAAGAUUCAAGAUUCUCCACCAGCUUUCACGUCCCCCGUGCUCGAUUCCCCCAAUUUUCCAAAACCCCCAUAAACGGGCCUGAUCCAUUCUCCACUCCCGACGUGACAAGUCUCCACCUACUUAUUUAUACUUCGUCUUCUGUUCUGCGUCUCUCUGCCCUGACUUGACCUCCUUCAAUGGCUUCUCUGCAGCACUCCCCGUCAAUCAAGGAUGCGAAGGUGCUUAUGGUUGGAGCAGGAGGUAUUGGCUGCGAGUUACUCAAGACCCUCGCCCUCUCUGGCUUCCCGGAUAUACAUAUAAUUGACAUGGACACUAUAGAAGUUAGCAACUUGAAUAGGCAAUUUUUAUUUCGUCAGUCACAUGUUGGGCAGCCUAAAGCGAAGGUUGCUCGUGACGCUAUCCUAAAAUUUAGGCCUCACAUAAACAUUACACCAUACCAUGCAAAUGUCAAAGAUCCUAGCUUCAAUGUUGACUUCUUUAAGCAGUUUAAUGUUGUUCUGAAUGGACUUGACAACUUAGAUGCUAGGAGACAUGUGAACCGUCUGUGCUUGGCAGCUGAUGUACCUUUGGUUGAGAGUGGAACUACUGGGUUCCUAGGACAGGUCACUGUACAUGUGAAGGGGAAAACAGAAUGCUACGAGUGUCAGCCAAAACCUGCUCCGAAGUCGUAUCCUGUAUGCACAAUUACCAGUACUCCAUCAAAGUUUGUACACUGUAUUGUGUGGGCCAAGGAUCUGCUUUUUACAAAGUUGUUUGGGGAUAAGAAUCAGGAUAAUGACUUAAAUGUGCGCUCUGGUGAUGUUGCUAGCUCUUCUGAGCAUGCAGAUGAUGCAUUUGAACAAAGAAAAGAUGAAGAUGUCGGGGAUUAUGGAAGGAGAAUAUAUGAUCACGUUUUUGGUCAUAACAUUGAAGUAGCUUUGUCUAAUGAAGAGGCAUGGAAAAACCGUAACAAACCGAGGCCAAUAUAUAGUAAGGAUGUCCUUUCUGAUAGACUGCCUCAACAAAAUGGUACUGUAGAUAGAAGUUCUGCUACUGACAACUUGUCAUCAUUACCUGCCGUGUCUGCCAUGGCAUCUUUGGGCCUGAAGAAUCUACAGGAUGUCUGGAACCUCAUGGAAAAUUCUAGGGUUUUCCUCGAGGCAUUGAAACUCUUUCUGGUUAAUAGAGCACAGGAGGUUGGGAACUUGACUUUUGAUAAAGAUGACCAGUUAGCUGUAGAAUUUGUAUCCGCGGCUGCGAAUAUUAGGGCUGCUUCCUUUGGGAUUCCUUUACAUAGCCUCUUUGAAGCCAAAGGCAUUGCUGGUAACAUUGUCCAUGCUGUUGCAACGACAAAUGCUAUUGUUGCUGGGUUGAUUGUGAUUGAAGCGAUCAAGGUGCUGGAAAAGAAUACUGAUGCUUACAGGAUGACUUAUUGCUUAGAACAUCCAUCAAAAAAGAUGCUUCUUAUGCCGGUGGAGCCCUUUGAGCCUAACAAGUCAUGCUAUGUUUGUUUCAAGACACCACUAACACUCGAGAUCAAUACUCGCCGUUCAAGGUUGCGUGAUUUUGUUGAAAAGAUAGUUAAAGCCAAACUUGGCAUGAGCUAUCCACUAAUUAUGGUCGGGCAUGCUCUUCUUUAUGAAGUCGGUGAUGAUCUCGAAGAAGAUAUGGUCAAAAACUAUGCUGCAAACCUUGAGAAGGUGCUAUCUGAGCUCCCUUCUCCUGUUACGGGUGGAACAAUUCUCCAAGUGGAGGAUCUUCAACAGGAGUUUACUUGCAAUAUCAGUGUGAAGCAUAGGGAAGAAUUUGAUGAAGAGAAGGAACCUGACGAGAUGGUUCUAUCCGGACUGACAGAAGCUCCUUCAAUGGCAAAAGCUGAUGACCAUUCUAUUGAAAAUGGCGGGAGCACAUCAAAUGCAUUGCCAGCAAAUGUUACAGAGCCCAAGAUGGAUGUGGAGGUUGAGGAAAUUUCAGUCGGGACUGAGAAUAUUUAUUCUGCGCAGAAAAGAAAAUUACCAGAGGUUUCCCAUGCUACAAAGGAUGUCGUCUCUGGUGAUGAGACUAGAAAUCACAAGAGAGUGCAAAAGCUUGACGACGAGGAUGAUGACGUUGUUGUCAUGUUUGAUCAUCCGGAGGUAGACAACCACAAGAAGCAAAGAUUGCAAUAGUUCUUGCGUCGAAGCCUAAUUGUGGCACACUUCUUACUUCCUGACUUUGUACCACUAGGGAGAAGUGAUUUUUUGGUUACUAGAAUUGCUAGUUUGUAAUCAGUAGCAUUUUGCUUUGAGUUAGGUAAUGUACAAACUAUGUUCUUCCUAGCUGAGAAUUAACAGUGACCAUAACAUUUCAAGUAGCAGAAUUUGUUACAAAUUGUCCCAGAGUGAAAUGAAUUAUUGAAAUAUUUGUCAAAA